AUGGAGGUCAACCCUGCUCCUCCCGUGUACGAACAGGACAAGAUUGUUCCCAAUGACCCCAAACAUGAAGAGGACGGACUAGCCAAGUCCGGUGAGGUUCACGAUGCCUUUGGAAACGAGGAAUACGCCGAAAUCAAGUAUAAAACCUUGCAGUGGUGGCAAUGCGGUCUGCUCAUGAUCUGUGAAUCGGUCUCGCUGGGUGUUUUGUCACUACCCUCGGCUAUCGCGACCCUGGGCUUUGUCCCAGGCAUUAUCCUCAUUCUGGGCUUCGGCCUUCUCGCAUUAUAUACGGGAUAUAACAUCGGCCUGUUUCGCGAACGGUACCCUCACAUUCAAAAUCUCGGUGACGCGGGCGAGAUUCUUCUCGGAAGCUUCGGACGUGAGCUGUUCGGCAUUGGACAGUUCCUGUUCUUCGUCUUUGUCAUGGCGAGCCACCUCCUCACCUUCCGUGUUAUGAUGAACUCCCUAACCGAUCACGGCACCUGCUCUAUCGUGUUUAGUGUCGUCGGUCUGGUUCUUUCUAUGGUUCUGUCCAUUCCCCGAACCAUGAAGGGCAUGACUUGGAUCUCUCUCGCCUCGUUCGUCAGUAUCCUGAGCGCUGUCGUCAUUACCAUGAUCGCCGUGGGUGUUGAAAGCCACCCAGGCCGUGUCAUUCAGGCUACUGUCGAGAGCAACCUGUACACGGCGUUCCAGGCGGUGUCUAACAUCGUCUUUGCAUACUGCGCCCAUGUCGCAUUCUUCGGCCUCAUCGCCGAGAUGGAGAACCCCAAGGACUUUAAGAAGUCGCUUUUCAUGCUCCAGACCUUUGAAAUCUCCCUCUAUCUGACCAGUGCCGUGGUCAUCUACUACUAUGUCGGCACCGACGUCCGAUCCCCCGCUCUCACCUCCGCCGGUCCCCUCAUGAGCAAGAUCGCCUACGGAAUCGCCAUCCCCACCAUUGUUGGCGCUGGUGUCGUCAAUGGCCACAUCGGAUUGAAAUACCUUUACUUCCGUCUCUGUGCCAAGUCUGGCUUGAUGCAUCAGACCAACGCACGCGCCAUCGGUCUGUGGAUCGGUCUCGGCCUCAUUUGCUGGAUCGUCGCUUGGAUUAUCUGCGAAGCCAUUCCUGUAUUCAGUGAUCUGAACAGUAUGAUUAGUGCCCUGUUCGCUUCGUGGUUCAGCUAUGGCCUUUCCGGUGUUUAUUGGCUUCAUCUGAAUUAUGGCCAAUGGUUUGCCGGUCCCCGCAAGAUCUGCCUCUUCGUCAUCAAUGUCGGCAUCGCCCUUUUGGGUCUGGCACUGUGUGUUCUAGGAAUGUAUGCUUCAGGCAUGGCUAUCCACAACGACAGCAACAGCAACAGCUUCACCUGUGCCAACACUGAUGGUUGA